CUUUUAUCCAUAAAUGACAAGGGUUUCUCUGUAGUCUCAAGUCUCAACCAUUUGGGAUAAAUCGAAUAUUCGAAUUCAAAAUUACUGAACUCAAGUGAGAGAGACAAACGAAAACAGACACAGAAAUCGAAAGAGAGAUGAAGACAGCAACUGUAAGCUCGAGUUGUUUCCAUGCGUACACUUCUGCAUUCCUUCAAUAUCCAAACCAUAUGAAACCAGCAAUAUCAAAUUCCAAUAUGAAAUCAUCAAAGUUCAAUCGAAAUGUAAAAUCAGAAAUUGAAAUUAGGGUUUGUGUAAAUAAAGCAUGUAGCAAACAAGGAUCAAGAGAAACCUUAGAAAUUUUAUCCGGUAUUUCACCACCGAAUAUAAUCAUAAAAUCAUGUGGUUGUUUAGGUAAAUGUGGAUCCGGUCCGAAUCUCGUUGUUUUACCUGAAGGUGUUUUAGUUAGUCACGUUGGUACUCCCAUGAAAACUGCUCAAGUACUUGCUUGUUUUAGUACUGCGAAGGAAAAUGAUCCUCAAAACAAUCUUAAAUCACUUGCUUUGAGAAAAAAAGCUGAUGCUGAAUUGGAUAACAAGAAUUACGAACAAGCUCUGGUUUUGCUUUCUCAGGCAGCUGAGAUUAAACCUUUUGGCGGCUUGCAUCUUAUAUAUAAAAGCAGGUCUUCUGCCAGGUUGGGCAUGGGUGAUGUUUCUGGGGCUCUUGAAGAUGCUAAAAAAGCAUUAAAUCUAGCUCCUCGAUUUACUCAGCAGGCUUAUAUUUGCCAAGGAGAUGCUUUCUUAGAGAUGGAAGAAUUUGAUGCAGCUGAAAAGUCUUAUUCAUCUGCUUUACAGACUGACCCCUCCAUUCGUCGAUCAAAAUCCUUCAAGGCUCGGAUUGCGAAACUUCAUGAGAAACUUGCUGCUGCAGAUUUGCCUUAAACUUCGAUGUAUCAGAUCCACCAUAAAACAAAUGAUCAGCCAUUCCGCAGAUAAACCAAAUGCGACCAACCUUCGCCAAAGCUACUGUGUCAUUUCCAUUUCGAGAUUCUCCCAGGUUUGGUUCCUUCAAACAUUUAUACAAAUCAAUGAAAUAGUUAGUUCUACUACAUAUAUACAAAUCAAUUUCAUUUGUGAAACUACUGGUUGCUGGCACUUGAGUCUGCAAAUGUAGGGUAUAUGCAAAAAUGAUGUUUAUUACCUACAUGCUACAUAAGAAUUUUUCUCUUUUGUGCCACUGGUAGGCCCAAAAGCUAUUUGACUUGGGCCUAAUAGCCAUAGGACAUGAUCAGUUACGGUUGGUUCUCAGAAACAUGUUCUUGGCCCCAAUAUCGUUGCACGAUGCUAACACAUUCUGAAUCGUAUCCAUUACAUUCAAGAAAAACGAUGUUGGAUUC